AUGAUGUUUAAGCUCGUCGCGGUCCUAUCAGCGGCGCUGCUAUGCGUCCUGGUUCGUGGACAAGCAGAUCCCGACGACCAGAAGAUGGACGUGUUUCGGUUGCCAGAAGAUACGAGGCCCCUGUCGUACGAUUUGUGGUUUGCUCCAAACAUUAGUAACUCUUCGUUCGAAGGCCGUGCCAAAAUAGUAGUGGAAAUUAUAAAACCAGACACCGACAAGGUAACGCUCAACUUCAAUGGGCUUUCGGUGACUAGCGUGUUGGUAACGGAUGUCACGAAUCCUAAGUUACCCAGGGACAUGGUGGUUACCGGGAUCAAUUACCUGACCAAAAACGAACAAUUCGAAAUCCGUUUACAAAGAAUCGUACCCAUUAAUAAACAGCUGCUAUUGACCAUGAAUUACACUGGGCGCAUCCGGGACGACAUGAUUGGUCUGUACAAGAGUUCGUAUGUUGAAGACGGAGUGACAAAGUGGUUGGCCGUGACGCAAUUCGAAGCGAGGUCCGCGAGGAUGGCAUUCCCGUGCUACGACGAACCGAUGUACAAGGCCAAGUUCAACAUAUCGGUGGUGAAGCAAAAGAAUCAGACGGCAUUGUCCAAUAUGCCAAUUGUAAGAACCGAAGAAGGUCCAGAAAAUACCACGGUUAACUUCAGUGAAACUCCGCUGAUGUCUACUUACUUAGCUGCCAUUUAUGUGGGUCAAUUCGUGCCAAAUCAAAAUGAUUCAAAAAUAACAAUUUACACACACGAAACAGUUAAGGAUCAAACUGAAUAUGUAGCCACCGAAGCACCAAAACACCUUAAAGCGCUGGAGGAGUACACGGGCAUCAAUUACAUGCUUCCCAAAAUGGAUCUGUUGGCAAUACCCGAUUUCCGUGCCGGAGCAAUGGAAAACUGGGGAUUGAACACUUACAGGGAGUUCUAUCUGCUCUUGUCAAAUGAUUCAAAAACGAGAUCAAAAAUCCGGGCGUCAGAAGUUGUGCAACAUGAGUUCACGCAUCAAUGGUUCGGCAACCUAGUCACCUGUAAGUGGUGGGAUUACACAUGGCUUAACGAGGGUUUCGCGAGGUACUUCCAAUACUUCGCCACCGGCAUGGUGAGGACCAGUUGGCUGAUGGAAGAACUGUUCGUUGUCGAAACUAAUCAGAAUUCAUUGGGCUACGAUCAGACUCCCAGACAUCCGAUAACUUCGUCCGUGAAUACCCCAGAAGAGAUUGAUAAUGUAUUUGAUACUAUAACGUAUGGCAAGGCGGCGUCGGUUCUGAGAAUGUUGAAAUACGUGGUGUCCGAAAAUUUGUUCCAAUUGUCCCUUCAAAAUUAUUUGAGUAAAUUUAGUUAUAGUGCAGCAGAUCCUGGAGAUCUGUAUUCAUCAUUUGACAAUAUAUUAUACGACCAUGAUUAUGAUGUUGGGAAUGGAUUGACUGUAAGCGAAUUUAUGUCAAAUUGGACAUUACAAUCGGGAUAUCCAGUUUUGAAUGUUACGAGAAAUGCAACUACAAAAUUAUUUUUCGUGACUCAAGCUCGAUUUUACGUAAACCAGUCCGAAGCAAUCGCCAACGAAACGGCGGCAUGGCACAUUUGUCUCACGUACACAACCGAUGUGAGCAAAAAUUUCACUUACAACAGUUCGUCUGUUUGGACGAACAAAGAAUCGGCCUUGACUGUUUUUGAAGGCCCUGCAGAAAAUAUAAGCUGGUACAUUUUCAACCCUCAGUCAAUCGGUUUUUACAGAGUGAACUACGAAGUCGACAACUGGAUGGCGCUGAUCCAGCAGCUGAACCGUACACCCACCGAUAUCCAUGUGCUCAACCGAGCCCAGCUGAUAGACGACGCUUUCAAUUUGGCGAGGUCAGGCCAAUUGGACUAUUCGGUGCCAUUGCACUUGUCCAAAUAUCUGAAGAAUGAAAACAACACAACCCCGUGGUAUUCGGCGAUGAACGGCUUCUCGUACUUGUUAGAACGCAUGCCUCGUAGCGGCGAUGAAUACGAAGACUUCAAGUCUCACGUUAGCAGUUUGGCCGGAACCAUAUACAAAAAGCUAGAAGACCUAGUGUCGAACGGAAACACUGAGUUUAGAGUGUUGAGUGCUUGGGAAACGUUCUCGACGUGGGCUUGUAGGUUGGAGAACAAGUACUGUACGACGAAAGCACAGGAAUACUUCAAUAAAUGGCAAGCCGGAGAGAAAAUACCUGCUGAUAUCAAGGACGCGGCAUUCUGCAUUGGAGUGAAGAACAGCAAAGGUCCAACGGUCUUUGACAACAUGUUAGCGUUGUAUAACAGCACUAACUCAAUUUCGGAAAAAUCCUCCGUCGAGUCCGCUUUAGGAUGUUCUACCAACAAGACACAAUUGUCUCAGUACAUAAAUCAUAUACUAGACGGACCCAACGGACUGAUCAAAACAAAAGACAUGAGAUCCGUCGUGUCUGCAAUAUCAGUGACUCCAUUGGGUCUCGAUGUGUUAUACGAAUUUAUGUCAGUCAACAUAAACACAACUAUGGAUCAGCUACCUAAUGGUGAAGAUAUCAUUACAUUUAUAUAUUCAACUCUUGCUUCCAAAAUGACAGACGACGAUCAAAUCGAAAAGAUAAAAAAUUUCAAGAACAAUUCUACUCUUCGAGCCUCCGUACGACCUACGUUCGAAAACUCGUACAAAGUGGUCGAAUACAACUUGGAAUGGUUCAACAGUUAUUCUGAUGGAAUUAACCAAUGGGCGUCACAGUACGGAGAAAAGGAACCAGAGAUAGAAACCACUACAUUAACGCCACCACCAGUCACGGCCGCACCAACUGGUAGAACUGUUUCUCCUGUGACGAGUAGGCUACCGACCACUACAUCAGCACCGUCUAGUGCAACUCUGAAUGCGUACAGCAGUCUUGUGAUUUUACAACUUACGGUCUUUGCAGUAUUCAUAAAAACGUACUUGUUGUAAAAUUGAAUGAGAAAAUAAUAAUUUAUGAUUGAAUUGUAUUAAUGUUGUGUUAAAUAUUACAAAGAUUAUAUUAUGUAUAACAAUUGUAAUUAUUUCUUAAACCUAUAACGUUUAACAUAUGUCCAGUUAGUGUGAUAAUUUUAAAUAAAUGUGAAAGGUGUUAACUUA